CUUUUGCGAGAGAAAGCUCGCAAACUGCAUACCGCCUCUAGUAGCGAGUUGAUUCGCUUCGGAGUUUUGGACAGUGUUUCAUCUGUAAAUUGGUUUUACCAUAAAAGUUCUUUAACUUUUAAUUUCUAAAAAUGAAUAUACCAUUCCCAGUCAUUUACCCGCCCAUUAUCGCCCCUGAUUGGUUUAACCCUGAUCGUCCGUGUGAUGAGGAUGCUGAGUUGACUCUAUUAGAGCAAGCGAACGAGCAAUGGUUUAACUCGAUUGCCCAAAAGUACAUGAAGCAUGCGCCCGUUAUUAAAAAGGCUCCAGCCGCUACUAAUGAGCCACCAGCUGAUGAUACUGGUUCAGAUGACGACGUUUUUAUUGUCACCACCAACGAUGACGCGGACGAGUCCACAUCGCGCGAUAUGGAUGAGGAAUCGGCUGAUAUGGAUGAGGACGAAGAAAUAACAACCACCGAGUCUCCGGAGAUUAAUAACGAAGACGAAUCGGACAGCCCUGAUGACAUCGCCGAAGUCGCCGUCCUUGAAGUGCAAGCCUCUAUGCACGGAAAUCAAGGAAACAAUGAAUAACUUCAUAGGAGCUAUUCAUUCACUAUACGCAGUAACCUUUUUGUGCUUCUAGACCCCAUAUAUCCUAGACUAUGCUGAUUUCUUUAGAUAUUCCAAUGUAGUAAAACAUUAAUAGAGUGGGUAGGUAACCAUUAUAAGUAAACCUACUAGAGGGUAGUUUUAGUUUCUUUGGAAUAUUACCGUUUUAUAGUGCUGAUUAGCAGUAGUAUACACCCCAUUUAUUGCGGUCAAGUAGUGAUAACUUUCAAAGAUUAUAUUUUAAGAGUACUUGAAAAAAUAUAUAAUGAUGAAAUAGAGAGUUCCAUUGCUUCUUUUAUCUAAACAUUGUAUAUCUUGUUGAUUACGUUAACAUUUUGCAAGUUGUUUCAAUUUUAUUGAUCUCAAUAUUGUUUUUAUAUAACUUUGAUAUAAUAUAAAAAGAGAUGCAAUGAACCUAGUGUGUUACCUACCUAUUAAAUUAAAGUUAUGACGCAAGC